AUGGAAAGUCAGAAUGUAAUCGAGUCUACCGAAACCGUGGAAGAAAUAGCGAGCUCAAAAAAAGAGAUUGAAACGAAUCAAGAAGUAAUAGAAGAGAAGACAACAGCAGCAGCAGCAAAGGAAAUCGAAACAGUUAGCAACAUUCUCUCCUCCGACCUUGCCAGUGAAAAAUCCAAGAACGCAACAAAGCUUGAGGCUGCAAAAACAGAAAAGGACAAAGGAAACGAGUACUUUAAGGCCGGCAGUAUGGUUGAAGCUUUACGGCACUAUCAUCAAGCAUUAUUUCAUAUCAAUGGUAUACAAAACAACAAAUCACAUGCAAUUUUUCGUAACGAACAACCCAAGGAAACUGAAAAAGACGAAUUGCAAGAAGAGAUUAUAAAGACUCAGGCAUUUAUACAUAGCAAUAUGGCUGCCUGCCAUAUCAAACGUAAUAAUUCUUCACGUGCUAUUGAAUGCGCAAAUAAGGCUUUGAAACUUGAUCCUGAUAAUGAAAAAGCCCGGUUUCGACGUGCUCAAGCUUAUAUUACCGAUGGCAAUACUGAUGGUGCAGAGGCAGAUCUAAAGAAACUGUCAAAUCCUGAUGAUCCUAUGAUUAAGCGUGAAUGGCAACGACUUAAGCUAAAGAACAAAGAAAUGGAUGCAAAACAACGAAAAGACUUGAGAGGAAUGUUUGACCGCUUGAAGAAACAGGAAGAAAAGGAGGAAGCUGAAUUACAGUCACAGACAUCAUUACCAUCAGAAAAUUUAGCGAACGAGCCAAAGAUCAAAGAACUUGAGCCGGAUGUUGACGAAAAAGAGCCAAAAAUCCAAGAAAUAAUCUAA